AUAGGUGGCGGCGGCAGGGAUUGGUGGGUUAGGCGCGCCCAAGGCGCCCGAAUCUUACCCGCGCCACGCCAUUGGUUGGGUGCAAAUUGCUCCCCCGCUCCUGAUUGGCCGCCCUCGCAUCACCCAUUCACCGUAGAAGAUUUCAACUGUAAAACAGAAUUAUUCCGCCCCCCAGAUAUAUCUUCACAUACUGUACAUAUACUGUACCCUUGGUGCUGUCUCACCCGGUCGAGAGCAUCUCGCCCCACUCUUCCCCCGUCCCCCCCCCCACCACACCUUGCCAAUGGCUCCCGCAUUCCUCCCCCCUAA